UAAACCUUUUUGAAAGUUAACAUGAUUAUUCCUAUUCGUUGUUUUACUUGUGGAAAGGUUGUUGGAAAUAAGUGGGAGGCCUAUUUGAAUUACUUGGAAAAUGAGAACAUGGAUGCAGCGACUGCAUUGGACAAGCUUGGUCUACACCGAUAUUGCUGCCGAAGAAUGGUGCUCACUCACGUCGAUUUAAUCGAGACUUUGCUUAAAUACUCCAGUGAGUGCUUUAUGGUCAAUACUAAUUCAUAGAUGUGAAUUGCAGAAAGUAGAAUAACUACACAUAGUGUAAA